AUUUUAAAAUUAUAUUGGACUAGAUGCCUGAUAUGACUAAUAUGUUUUUACUAAUUGUUUUAUUAAUUUGUAUCGCAAACAAUCUACACGUAACAAAUGGCCAAGGUAAUACUAAAAAGGAUUGCCAAGCUGGUGCAAAUGCUGAUUCGUGUUUGAUGAAAUUACUCAUGAUUGGCGACCCUGAUUAUAAGUUCCCGGAAAAUAUGGCCAGCAUGGACAAACAGUGCAGGACUUAUAAAAAUCAAGAAAAGUGUAUUAAAGAUUAUGCGGCUAAAUGUUUGGCAACGUUUCCCAAACAAGUGACUAAUGUCCUGGCUUACGGUGCUUCAAAAACAAAUAAGGCCUACUGUUCCACUAAGCGCCGUAAGGACUCGUUUAUAGCCAUAGGAAAGUGUGGUAACAAAUUGAAAUUCCUGGUCGAUAAGUGCAUGCGCCAAUUCAUCGAUAGCCUACAGGGCAUUGAAAAUUACCAGGAUGCUAAAAUGAAAAUACCUAUAUCAUGCUGGUAAGUUAUNAAUUAUUAAUUUAUA